UUAACUUCACUACGCUUCUCUUUCUGCAAUUACUCUUGGAGAAUUUCUCCCUCUAGAAUAUUGAGUAUUGCUAACUUGAGCGUUGGAAUGUUUUCCUCGAGGAAACAUUCUCUGGAUUUUCAGGUGUUGAAGCAGUUGAAGAUCUCUACAGUGUAGGUUCGUGAAGCUACCCAAACAUUUGGCAUUGUCUAUAGGAAUCCUGAACAAAAAAUGGUGUAGCUUAACUAGCUAAAGUUACAUAUGGUAUGUACUUUUAUUGGGAAUCGCCCCCCCAAGAGAUGACAUGGACAAACAGGAUAACAUCCAGUUUUUUGAACUCGGCCCGAAUGAUUUUAGACCAAUGUUGAGAAACUUCUUUGUUGGAGGAGCAGAAGAAGAACACUUGAGUGGUUUAGAAGAAGAACACUUGAGUGGUUUAGAUGACGAGAGAACACCAACUAGGGGUGAACAGCCUGCAGAAAUUGUAACUUGUAAUUCCCCAGCUUUGAGCAACACAGUAAUGUUGACCAUGCCGAGAGGAAGUGGGAGGUCAAACCACGAGCCUAGCUCAUCAAAACACAAUGAAGAGUUGGUAAGGAAGAAUGCCAAUCUCAAAAGGCAGUUCAAAGACGUACAGAGGUCUAUUGAUGAGCUGAAAAGUUCGAAGUCAUGCCAACAGGCUCUCAAUUUGGAUAGUGCCCCUCUCAACCUAUCCAUUACGGUAGAAACAUAUCAAGAGGGAUUCAAGAUUCCUCACUUAGAGACGUACGAUGGCUCUGGUGACCUGGACAAACAUUUACAUACCUAUCAAACCAUCAUGAGAAUCCAAAACACUACUGAUGCUAUGAUGUGCAAAGUUUUUCCUGCAACAUUGAAGUUGACUGCCAGAAGGUGGUAUCACAAGCUCCCUAGACAUUCCAUAGCCUCUUACUCUGAGCUCGCCACUUUGUUUUCAAACAAGUUUGCUAGUUAGAGAGACAUAAAACGCAUUGCUACCAAGCUGAUGUAGGUUCAUCAGAAAGAUGGAGAAUCUUUAAGGGACUAUAUGCAGCGGUUCAACAAGACCACCUUAAACAUUGAUAAUGUCCCUGAUACCAUUUUCCUAUCUGCCUUGUUGCAUGGCCUCAAGCCUGGUCGGUUCUUAGACGACCUGUUGGAAAAUCCACCGAAGUUGUGGAACGAAGUAAAUGACAGGUCAACAA